GCUCAGGCUCCCAGAGUGCUGGGACUGGGGUAGGUACCAGCUUACUCACUCUAGGUCUUGCUUUCUAAUCCAGUCUGACAAUUGCUGGCUUCUCACUGGGGUGGUCAGACUCACACUUCAUAGCUGUGACACGGUCAGGUUAAUCCUGCCACCUGCUGUGGUUUUCUCAUUCUUCCACCUGUCCUCUUCCCCUUUCUCUCUCUUCUGCCUUCUUUUGCCUUAUUCGAGUGUUUUUUGUGAUUCAGUCUUUCUUGCUUUGCUGUGACCCUGUUUUAUUACUCUGCAGUCAUCUUAUGGUUUCAGUGCCUGUCUAACUGAUCCAGUCUGCCUUCCAGAGAUAGCCUAACAGGUCACCAAUAGAAUAAGAACCUCUAGACAGCAUGGCUGCAUUUCCUUCCUCCCAGGCUUUGUGUAAGUUUUGUUGUACAGUUACUUUGCCAUAUGUCAUAGACUCACACUACGUUGCUAGUCUUUGUUUAAUCAAUAACCUUUUAGAGAAGUUUAACUAAUAAGUAGAUGGCUGGGGCGUAGCUCAGGGGCCGAGCACUUGCUGAGUUUGCCGGAGGCCCUGCGCUCCACCCCCAGCACUGCAAAAAUAAAUAAAAAUAAAGAUAUAAUAAUAAAAGAGCAUUUUACAUGUGUGCCCACACAGUUACCGCCCAGGUGUGUAUUCUGUCCUGUGCCUUCCUUCUGGGCAGAGGUGGACUGUCCUCCUAGCCUCUGCCAAAGCAGGAUGGCAGUGGCAGGUCGUGUGUCCCCAAAGGACGCAUUUUCCGCACUGUCUGUGCUGCUCCGAGGUUCCCACUCUGCGCCCUGCGCCCUGGCCAUCCGGUCACGAUUCGUGCGGGUCGUUUUCCCGCGUCCCUUGCAUGUGGGCUGGCGGGUGUCUUGUGUGGGUGGCUGUCCAGUUGUCAUCACGCUUUGCUGCAUUUCUCCAGCCCUGCCUCCCUCGCCGUCUCUGGCUCCAUGAACCGUGCAACGGGCUUCCUGAGCUGCCCACGUCAGUGCCUCCAGGAGCUGCGUGCCGUGGAUUCCUCCCCUGUGCCCCGUUCCCUCCCACACUCACAGUGCGUGUUGUCCCAUGGUCUCGCCCGCUGUUCUCCAUUGGUGCGAGGUCACUCCCACCUCAGGAAGCUUAGUCUAGGCCUUGUUUUGCAUCCUCUGCGCUCUGUCUCAUACUGUCCCUCUCUCCCACCGUGGUUCAGUGACAGGGACAGGCUUCAUGGCCAGGACUGCUGAGGCCGACUCGUGGCUUUGUGAUUUCUUCCUCUGGUUGCAGUUGGAUCGAGCUCUUUCUUGCUGCCUGGCACCGACACGGUGAGGUGUGGAGUGGGUAUUUCUGGGUCCCUGUGAAGGCCUCGGAGCUGUGCUGGGAGCAGCUGACACUUGGGCCUUGCUCUCGUGGUAUGCCAGCUUCACGCACGGGAGGAGCUGUGCUCCCCCAGGGCAACUCACUGCUGGGACCAGGCUCUGUGUUGCACCUGUCGUGCCACAGUGUGAGCCACAGUGCCCCCUGGCACUGCCACCCCCAGCUGCCACUGCUGCCCCUGUCCUUCGGUCUCUGCCCCAGAUGCCUGGGUGACGGCUCUGCUGAGCUCUGGAGGGGGCUCCAGGCAGCCUGCUGCUGCUAUAGAAGAAUGCCCAAGGCAACGAACCCGGGAAGAUGAGGGCUAUCCUGACUCACAGACUCCGAGGUUUCAGUGCCUGUUUUCCUGGGCCUGAGGCAGUUCACGGAGGCGGAGCACCAGGCAGAGCUACACAAAACCCACAGGGCCGGAAGUGAAGAGAAAGUGGGGGUGCUAGGGUUCACUGUCCCCUUUGAGGACAGCUCCCCUAUGACCAGAAGACCCCCCAGCCCUGCUGUCAGGGCUCCCACCUCCUCUGGCCAGCAGGGAGCUGCACAUGUGGCCUUGGGGACACUCGGGGACCACAGGAGCAACUUCUGCAGGCCCCAGGCCUCUGAGGCCAGCUCUGUCCUUGCCAGUCUCUGGCCACCCCGGUCAGCCAGGACCCUCAGUGGCUCCUCUUCAGUCCCCUCCUGGCCACGUCCUGGGAGCUCCCUCCAGCUGGUGCCCUGGGCAAGUGUCUGCUAUGGACAGGGAGUCUGGGAGCCCCGAAAUGCCCACGUGGAUGUUGGAAUCCUGGUGCUCGGUGAAGGUGGAGGAGGUGGGGAGUUAGGGGAGAUGAAGUCCUUGGGAUGGGUCGGUGCCCAUGUACAGAGGCCUGGAGAACUUCCACGGCAAGAGCCAGGAGGCCCCCUAGACCCGGGCUCUGCACUGGCCUGGGCAUCUUGCAGUGGGAAACACAGGCUGCUGAGAACCCACAGACUAAGCCACUGUCUCUCAGGACCUCUGUACCCUGUGCCCCAUGCCCUAUGCCCUGGCCCCCUGCUGUUUCAUGCAUUUCCUCUUCCCCUUGUUAAAUCCAGCUUCUGCCACACUGCUUGCUGCAGACCUAAGCCCCUCAUGGCUGAAUCCUGACUCACUUUUGAAAAUUGUGAAGUGAAGCCAGGUGUGGUGAUGCACGCAUAUAAUCCCAGCACUUGCAAGGCUGAGGUAAGAGAAUAGCCACGAGUUUGAGGCCAGCCUGGGCUACAUAGUAAGCUCAAGGAUAGCCUGGACCACAGAGCAAGACCCUGUCUCCAGAAACAAAAACUGUGAAGUGAUACAAUAAGUGAAAGACAGGGCCGGGGAUUUAGCUCAGUGGUUCCGGCGCCUGCCUGGCAAGGGCAAGGUCCCAAUCCCGAGUUCCAUCCCUGGUACCAAAAAAAAAAAGGUGGAAAACAAAAGAAGAAACCAAAACCAAAACCAAAAAAACAAUAAAUAAGUGGAAAAGUUCAGAAGAGCAAGGGAGAAACACCCCAGAGCCCGUGGCCCCAUCCACCCUCCUCGAGCGGCUGGCCCUCACUGGCUCCUCCUGGGUGCUGAGGCUCCGGGCAGCCCUGUCACCUCUCCUGUGCUGCUGCACCGAGGCUGUGGGGCUGUGCGCUGUGGAUGGGACUCACCCUGGGACACAGGCUCUCACGGAGCCGUGGCUGGAGCCUGCACUGGGUGGCAGCUGCUCCUUCCCCACGAGAGGCGUCUGCGUUUGCGGGGCUUGGUCCUCCUUGCCAUGUGGCAUUGUCCCGGCCUCUGCCCCUUGAGUGUCUGUGGCCAGAUUCCCCAGUGGCCUUGCCAUGGCAGCCAGCCCAUUCCCAGGUAAGCACUGGUCCUGGGUCUGAGGACUCCAGCGUGAGUUUGGGCUGGGGGCACAGCGUCCACACACAAGUGGUCCAGCAGUUGCCCAGGCCAUGAGCAGGGACUCCUUGCACCCUGGAAAGUCUGUUGGGGACCAUGCUGUGCACAUCUUUUGUCUCUAGGGACUGGGACCCCCGAUAUCCUCCUGAGGCCUCUGCCCACUUUCCUGGCCAAAGUAGACACCUUGGCCCAGCUGACAAGGGCAUUUUGUGCCAGGGUGGCCGAGUGUCGCUUGUCCGGCCCUUGGGGACACUGCUUCUGCCUGGUCAAAGAGGGGCCCAGCUGGCCACGAUGCAGCCUCUGGGCCACCUGUCCCUGGCAGACAGACAGCCCUCAGGACCAUCUUGGGGAGGCUCGGCUGCACCUGCCUUGUGGGUCUUGCUGACCCUGGUAUAAGCACAGUGCCCUCCUGGCCUGGUGCACAGGCUGUCGGACACCCACAGCCUGCAGGAUGCGGUGGUUUUUCCAGAGACUACUGCAGCUGCAGCACUGCUGGCUCUGAGCCUUGAGUGCUGAGAAACCGUGGGACCAGCCUCUGUCCUCCGCCUGUGGAGCCCAGCCGAGGUGGCUGUGUGUGUGUGAGAACUGCAAGUCAGCAGCUGCCAUCCCCAUGCCGAGAAGGAAGCUGGGGCACAGAGAGGCAGGGCAGAGAGGGGCUCUCAGCCCAGCUUGUGUCCCGGCCCAGGCCGGAGCCGGCUGGAAGACAGCAGUCAGCUGAGCUUUGUAAAGACCAGGGCCCAGUGGGCAGCCUCCGGCCCUGCUGCUGCCCAGGGCUGUCUGCUCUGAGGGCCGAGCGGGGAGGAGGUGGAGGUGGAGGCAGAGGGGCUGCAAAACAAGGGAUGGCGCCUGUGCAGCCUCAGGUGGGUGUGGGGUCACACGGUGUAGAGUGGCGCAGUGCUCACACGCACGCAUGCGGGGUUCUGCCCAGUUGUGGUGCACACGUGCACACAGCACACGCAUGCACGCACAAGAACACACAAACUUUCUUGGGUACUCAGGGUUUGAGGCGCUCACUCUGGAACUCAGGCAACAUGUGCAGCCCUGACUUCCUGCACACCUUGCACCUGUGCCGUCCCAGCUGGCUCCACCUCCACCUCCACCUCCACCUCCACCUCCACCAACCAAACGGGCCAGCAGCAGAGCGCAGCUUCUGCAAUCUCCUGGGCCAGCUCUGCCUGGAAACAGCGAGGGUGCCGGGUGCCCCCUGCUGGUGGCCUUGUGUCUUGGUCUUGGGGCUGCAGCUGUGACCUCAGGGAGAGGGGACCCGAGCUGAGGUGAGGGACGGGGGUCUCCUGGGACCUGGGCUCUGGGAGGGGCGUCCAGCUGACCCCAGAGGCCCCAGGAUCCCUGAGUCCUGGAGGCCGCCCCGACCUCCUCUCUCCCGUCUCUCCGGGUGGAGGCUGUGCUCCAGACGCCCCAGCAGGGAGCCCAGCUGCAGGCCCGCCCAGGAUGGUGGCACCCCACACCCUGGCACCUGCCUGGGACCACUGGAGGCACCUGGUCGCCUGGCUCCCUCCACCUACUUUGCCCCCAUCUUGUUUCCCACCCCAGACCUGGCCAUGACCCAGCAGUGAUGUCCAAGCUGCUGUCCACAAGCCCCACAUGGGAUGGCCUGGCCCCACGAGGGCAUGGGUUCUGGCACGCUCUGCCCUGGGCCUGCCAUGGGGUUCCCUGCCAGGCAUGCAGAUUCCCAGCAGCUCAUGCAGGGCCCUGUGCCAUGUUCUGAGCAUGAGGUAUGUCUGGGGGGACCCAUAGCCCCUGGCAUUGCUGUGCCCCGGCAGCUGACCCACAGGCUGAAGAGCCAACUGAUGAACCAACUGUGACCACCAGGACCACAGCACCUUCUCCCAGCCCUGUCUUGCAGUGACAGCGCCCUCCCUGGGCCUGUGUCCCUCAACAGGAUCUGAGGUGACCUCCGGAAACUGGCCCCUCCUGUAUCCCUUCCCCUCCUGCAGGAUGCUCCACCCUGCAGCUCCUGCACCCCCUGGUGCUAGAGGUACAGGCUGGGCCAGGCGGUGGCCCUGCCACACAGGCUCAGAAGUACAAGAUGGGCAGUGCCACGUCUCCAUAACCUGCUGCCCGUGCUGAGGGUGAGUACUGAGGGCCAGUGUGGGUGGCCCCAGCCCAGGGUGGCCCCUCCCGGCUGGCCAGAGGGCUGGGUGGGAGAUGGGAGUGGACACGGCUUCCUCCCACAGCUGACAGCUGGAGGAAGUAGCUGCCCUAGGAUUCACGGGGCAGAGCAGUGGCCAGCAGGCCCAGCUGGGCAGGGUUUGAGAGGCUGCCGGUCCCCCUGGUGGCCUGAGCCUGUGCUGCAAGUGGGCUGAGGGUGCCUGGUCCCCUGGUGACUGCCUGGGCCCCACUGAAGGGACUAUCCCCCGCCCAGGGAGGGGCACUGGGGUUUCGUCACUGUCUGUGAAGUUUGCAGGCGCUAGCCGGGGAUGGCCUGUCGGGACAGGAGGGGCUCCAGGCUGUUGUGCCCAGUGCCUCAAGUGAGCCAGGAUCCCGUGUGGCCCCAGCUCCUGGGCCUCAGCCCUGCCUAACCUCCUUAAAUUCCAUCAACCUCUGGUCUCCAUUCUCACCCUAAAUUCCUUGCCUGAGGCCCCAGCACACCAUACCUGUCUUCCCAACCCAGCACCCCCUGCCCCCGGAGAUCACGGAGGCUCAGGAGUCCCAUAGGACCGACAGACACACACAGAGGUCCUGGCUCCACCUCGCCACCCCAUCCUCUCCGUGUGGUCGCCCUGGGCCUGCGGGCCUCCGGGCAGCUGGGUGCUGGGGACGGAGUGGGGUGCUCUCCACAACGGCCCAGCCCCGCAUCUGAGCCACACAGCUGUCCCCGUGGCUCUGGAAUUGAGGAGCCAGCGACAUCCUGGCCAGGUCUCGGGCUCCAGGUCCUGGUUCCUGCUCCCGUCACUUCCUGGAAGAGGCCAGCAGGAGGGUGGUGGUGCUGGACUUGUGCCUGAAACAGGAUCUGGCCAUAAACCCGCAGGGCGAGGCUGUGGCUGCACACUGACCCCCUGUGGACUUUCCUCCCGCCUGGCCCACAGCUGUUGCCAUUCCCAGGAACUGGCACCUUGUUUGUUCCUUGAGGAGCUGCUGGCAUCGCCUGCCUGAGCCCCGUACCCAACCACCUUCUUGGCAGCGGGCACAGGCAGCUUCUCCCCCAGCUUCCCCAAGCCUGGACGGGGCCCAGCCUCGCCCUGCUCAGUGCUGGUGUGCAUGAGUGCAUCGGAAAUCUUCCACUGCAAGCACCCUGGGCCCCCCAGUCCCUCUGGGGCAGGUGUGAGCUCCAAACCCUCCGCCCCUGCACAGAUCCCACUGGCUGGCAGGUGGGCCUGGUGCCCCUGCUCAGGGAGAGACGCAUCCGAGGUGUUGGGGUGCCCAUGUGCCUCUGCGGCCGUGCAGUUUCCACCCUGCCGGGCAAGAGCGUGAGCAUCGCAUGGCCCAGGAAGCUCAGCGCGAGGCUGAGGUGGCUUGAGCUGCCUGCAGCUCAUCCGUGUUCCUGCGUGGGAGCGAGACCACCGCAUCUGCCCCGACCUUAGCAGCCGUGAGCGUCCCAGGCAAAGGCCUCCUUCGGAAGACACUCGGGCUCAUCAGGCAGCCCACGCAGGCGCCGCAGAGCCCUUCGCAGUUCCUGUGAUCCCAGUGCGCCUGGCCGGGCGUCCUCCACGGCCCUGGGAGGCCGGUGUCGAGGGAACAGCCCCCUUCCGGGCAUGGGGCCUGGCAAGAGGAGGCUCGCAGAAACGCGUGGAACGCUGCUCUGCUCGCCGGCUCUUUGGCCCUUGUUCUGCUCACGGCAGUGUCCCCUGAAAGUGCCGGCUAGGCUCGUGCGGGGGUCGAGGUCACCCCUACACAGGAGCUGACGGCCCCGACACCUGCAGCGCAGCCACCCCUCCCCUCGGCCUCCCCAGUCACAGCCGGGCCACCGCCUGCCUCUGCUCAUUACCGAGAAAGAUUUUUCUCCCUGCAGAAGUAGUCUCAUUUUUUACUGUGAUGAAAUGCACCUGGUAUAAAGCAGCCCACCUUGGCACGGAGCCCAUCCACACUGCAGCCAGCACCGCCGUGCGCCUCCAGGGCUCCCUCAGCUCUGCCCCUCAGACCCCCACCCCUCCCAGCCCCCAGCCCAUCCCGCUCUGUCUCCGGCCCUGACCCUCUGGGGUGUCCUGUGAGUGGGGCCAUGCAGGACCUGUCUCUGGGGACUGGCCAGCUUAGUGCAGUGUCCUCGAGUCCGUCCAGGCUGUGGCAGGUGUCAGGCCUUCCUCCUCUUCAGGGCCGAAUGAUAUUCCACCAUGUGGCCGGAAUCCCGCCACUUCUGUUCGUCAGUUUGUGGAUGUCGCCUGGCUUUCUCCUCGUGGCUGUUGUGAAUCACAUGGCUGUGAACAGCGUGCAGUUCCCUGUCUGAGUCCUGGCUCUCAUGCUUUGGGGCCUGUACCCAUCACGGAAGUCUGCACCCUGUGUGGCUCCAUGCUGCACUCUGGUCCUCUGGACCUCACUGCCGCUUGUCACCUUCGGUGGCUGCUGGCUGUCUGAGUCCAUGGAGCAGUGAGGAGGUGCAAGCCCUGCACGCAGUUGUCACCCUUGUCUCCGUGGGCAGCCCCAGGUGUCCAGACCUUGCUGCGGGCUCCUGGGGCCAGGGUGUCGGUGGCCCUCAUGCCUCUGGGCUGGAUUCCCCGUCAGGGUGCAAGGCAUCUCCCCAACUCCAGUACUGGGCUGUGCUGGGCUCGGGCCCCGGCCCCCAGCUUCCACCCCCACCAGGGCCCGGCCCCUCCUCCCCAUGUGAUCAGAGUGACGGCUGCUGAGGGCUGGGACCCAGGUCAUGGCCUCGGUGCCCCUGUGGGCCCCGGGCCUCUCCAGCUUUGUCUGCAAUGGACACCACGGGCCCUGUCCAUUGUGUGAUGGCCAGGCCCCCCUCCCAGAGGCCAGCGCAGCCUUGUUUCCAUAUGAAGCUGGAGACCCGCACUCGGUCCCGGAAUACAGACUGCGGGUGGCAGCAGCAUCCCUCUCCCCUCGCCCCAGAGUCUCCACUCUCUGAGGCUGCCCUGACCCUACCAAGCAGCUACUCAGGAACUUGCGCUCGCCAGGCAGGCGGGGCGCCACUGAGCUAAGUCUCCAGCCCAGACAGUCUGCUUUUUGUUUUUGUGUUUGGGACAGAAUCUUGCCAUGUAUUCAGGUUGGACUUGAACUCACUACGUAGCCUAGGGUGACCUCAAGCUUGAGGUGAGCCUCCUGUCUCGGCCUCCAGGGUGCCGGGAUUAGAGGGGUGCACCUGCACACCUAGCAGACUGUGAGCAGCCCGUGGGAAGACAAUUCCGUACUCAGUUCUUUUUGUUGACUAGCAUAGCUUUCUGAACAGAAAGUGUUUCAUGUGCACAGGGCGUGUGCAGCAUGGACCUGGGUCAGGAAGGCAGCUCCGUCCCCUCAUCCUGUGCUGAGGACCCACGCUGGGGUCGAGGGGUGAUUGGGGUCCUGGUCCCCUCUCUGUGCUGGGCUCAGAUGGCGCCACCCUCGCUGGGGCUGAAGGGCUGAAUGAGCGCCCUGUGAGCCUUGGCUGCUGGCUGUCUCUGAGGAUCACUUUACAGCCUCUCUCCCCAGCCCUGCACGUGGGAAAUGAAAGCAAACAUCAACUUCGCGGGAAUGCCUGAUGGCUCGGAGCGACCCACGUCACAGCUGCGUGGCCCUGCAGUCACCGGCAUGUUGGUGGACAGCUGGGCAGCAGCAGCUUGGGCAGCGGAGUCUCUUCCCAGAACUGAGGCGAUACCGUGGCCCAGUGAUGUGGGCUGGACCCAGGCUGUGACUCAGUGGUUCCCCAGCCCCCCACCUCCGGGAGAGCCAGGUCUCUGGGAAUCUUUGUUCCCUCAGAGCUGGUGUCUGGGAGGCCGGAGGGGCUCUCGGCUUCCUUUUACCCAGGGCAGUGUCCCUGGUAAAAGGCUGGUCCUUCGGGCAGGUUUGGGGAAGAGCAGCAGGCUGCAUUUGCAGGCCUGUUGUGGGGCCCUUCUGGAGGGGCCCAUGUGUCCCCUGUCCCCCCUCCUGCCACGGAUGUACAGGGGGACAAGCAGGAGCCCUGCUGGCUGCUGUCUGGGGACCCCCGGGCAGGAGUCAGAGACAGCCAGGUUGGCUCCCAUCCUUGGCCACAAUUCCGGCCUGAGGUGCACAGGUCUGGCCUCUUCCCUCGUGUGCUGCCUGGGCCCAAGUUGGACACAGGGCCUCAGCCUCCGUGCUCCCCUCUGGGGCUGCCCAGACCUGGAGGGCUCAGCCUUCGAGGGCGCAGGUAGGGUCGGAGCAGGGGCUCCUUUGGCUCUGCCCCCAUGGUACCCCUGGGCCCCAGGUGUGGGUCCAGCUGCCCUGCACCCUCAGUCAGAGCACUGGCUCUUCCUCUGCCUGGCAGACCUGGGGCUGCAGUGCCACCUGUGUUCUCUGAGCCUGGGUCACUCCAGAUCCAAAUUCCCUGGGCUUCCAGCUCUGGGCUCAAGUGCGCCAGCUAGGCAGACAUGUCCCAGGUGGCAGAGUGUCCCGCCGACCCCCAUGGGUGCUGAGGGCUCUAAGCACAGAUCCGCGGCCUCUCUAUACACCGCCGCUCCCCAUGCUCUACAGCCGCUCGAGCCUGCAGUUGCUCUGCAGGAGGAAGCUUGUGAGUGGGGCCAUGGUGGGAGGGCGAGGGGCGUCCUUAGGGGUAAACUCUUAGCCCGUGAGGCCCAGCAGCUCCACACAGAGGAAGUGAGCCUGGUGCAUUGUAGAGGACUCCACAUGUUCGUGCACAGCAGUGUGAGUCACAGCCACCGGAAAUGGGGUCACCCAUGUGGCUCCCGUGUGUGCACAGACAACAGAAAUGUGGUUCCUGCACACAGUGGGUCCUCAUCAGCCACAGGAAGGAAGGGGUCCUGGUAUCGGAGGCCAUUGUAGUGAGGGGAAUGAGGACACGGAGGGGCAGAUGGGGAGCCCUAAGCAUCACUUUGUGCCACAGAGUGAAAUGGGGAUCCCAGGGCCUGGCCAGGAGGGACUGGGGGCUGGGUUGGUCUGAGGAUACGAACCUUGAGGUGGCCAGGAGGGAGAAUCCAGCACCCCAGCAUGGUGAGUGUGCUCAGAGGCAUUGUGCUGCAGCUUGGAACCUGGGAGAGCAGGUUUGAAGUGCUCACAGCACAACUGUGCUAUGUGUGGCUUUAGUCAUGGAGUGAGUUCCCUUUAGCACUAGUACACGAUGCAGAUACCACGCUGUGCACAUAAGUGUACACAGUAAGGAGAGGAAGUGGGUUUGUGAAGUGGAAGCCUUGUUUCUUAGGCUCCAUAGGCCACCCGUUCUGGCCUCCCCUGUGCCCCAGCUGUGUCCUUGUGCCCAGUCCCCUCAGUACCCAGGGUCACCACGGUGCCAACACCAUGACGUCGUGCUCUCUCCUGGCUGGGGGGCUGGGGAGACCCUGAGGUGGUCCCCUCUUGUCCGUGGUGCUGGGUGGCUGCGCCCAUCCCUCCACCGGCUGGAGCAGUGAUCUCUGGGGCGGGGAGGAGGGGCCGCGGCGACCCUGUCCGGGUCCCCGACCUGUGCUCCUGGCGUCUGGCGCACGGUGAGAGGCCGCGCGUCCACUUGGGGUCUCCGGCUGGCCCCGCCACACUCCCAGCCUAUGAGACGAGAUGGGCCCUUCGCGGGGAACGGAGGGGCACUGUGUCCUCAGGGAUGACGGGCUGGUGGAGCCCUGUGGGCAGGGGGGCGGUGGGGACAAAUUUCUUGCCCUCUGGCGGUUGGGGCCAGGUAGCUGGCUGAGCCCAGGCGUGUGCUGCACUGCGCCUGGGUGCUGGUCUCCGAGGUCAGCGGGUGACCGUUCUGCGGGGCCUGGCUCCGCGGGGCCUGUGGGGACAGCCUACGUGAACACGCAGGGUCCCCGGGAGCUGAGGGCCGUUGUGCUGGGGCCUCUGCCCACCCAGCGCAGGCUGAAGAGUUGUGCUGUCUCCUCGUCCUGCUCUCUGUGACGGCUCCUCUCUUAGGACCUUGGCACUGUGAAGGUGCUGGGGGGCAGGUGGAAGACCGCCCUGCCCGAGCGUGCUGGGGCUUCUCGCCAUCCAAGUCGCAGUCAUGCACUUCUGGCAAGAAUAUCGUGGGAGCCCCGUGCUGCCCUGCGUGGCGUUUUCCAUGGGCCGAGGUGCUGCCAUCGCCCACUGCUGGGGACGUGAGCCUCGGCCACCUGCCAGGUGGUGUCCAGUUCCUCCACAGCAAAGCUCCCGCUUCUCACUUCAUAACUAAGUAUUGUGGGGAAGAUGUUUUGAGUUUAUGCAAAUAGCUCGUUUCCCUUCAAACCCUUUAGCCCCUGAUUUUAAGAUCUUUCAGUAAAUAUUACCACAGCCAUCGUGCUCUGUGCAUCGAUGGUGAUUUUCUACCUCCCUCGUUUCUUCUGUAUUAAUUAGUUGAAAGUCUUCUAUAAAAUGAGCUGUUCCAUUUUCUUAUGUACUUACAUGAUCAUGUAUAUCACUGUGGAUUCAAGGGUAUUUACUUUAUUCUUUGGGUUGUCGUCCUGUGUUCUUUCUGCUUUGUUGCUCAGCUUGGCUGCUGGUGGCACAUCACCAAGCCUGGAGCAAUGCAGCUGGGGUCCUCGUGUAGCCCUGUCGUGUCUGAGCGCAUUGGGGUGAUCGUGUCACUUUCUGGUCCAGAGACUCAGCUACCGAAGGAGACCAGGCUCCCUCUGUUGGAGGACAGAGUCUGGAAACCCUGCUUGGGCGUUAAGUGUGGCAAUCGCUACCUGUGUCACUGCUUGUAGACCUUUUGGGGAUGCCAGAAAACACGUGUGCUUACUAACCCAUGUACACAUGCAUGUGCACCCCCCCCGCCAUAUCCCCCUGUGACGCAUCUGUAUACCCGUCUGUUUCUCUGUCAUCUAGGUAUCAUCUCCUUAUCCAUCAUCCACCUUUCUCUAUCAUCUCUCUGUCAGUCAGUCAUCGAUCAGUCACAUAGCUGUCAUCGAUCACUCAUCUACCAAUCAUCUAUUUAUAAUCUAUCAUUUACCUAUCAAUCAAUCUUCUAUCAAUCACCUAUUUAUAGAUCUAUAAUCUAUCAUCUAUUUGUCAAUCAUCUAUCAAUUAUCUAUCUAUCUAUCUAUCCAUCCAUCAUCUAUGCAGUGCUUAGUUUUGAAGCCAUGGGUUUGAGGAAUGCUUUGUUAUGCAGCAAUAGCUGCCUGAUGCACGUGGCUAGGACUUUCCAAAUGAUAUUUCCAGCCUCCCUGGUCAGAGGACUUCCUGAAAGGCCCUGUGAGGAGAUGGAGAGAGAGACGUUAUCUUUUUUCAGCUGUUUCAAGUCCCUCCAGCCUCAGGAUGACCCUUCCCUAGCCCACUCCACCACCCCAGCUCUGCCAUGCCCGCUGAAGGACUCUCUCCUCUGCUCCUGUCCCCAGCCCGGGGUGGAAGCUCUUCUGGUUGCUCACAGUGCUGGUGCUUCAGUGGUUUUGCUCGUCUGGCCUCCUGCACUGUGUCCAGAUCUCUGCAGCAGGUUCCCGUGUGAGGUGCUGGUGUGGCUUCCUGUCCCUGCUGGACAGCACUGGACAUGGGUGGGUUCCCCAGGCUGGCCACAGGCACAGAGGCUGCAGGAGUUGGAAAGCCCAGGAGACAGAAGCUCAGGGAGGAGGAAGCCACUUUAGUGGGACCUCCUGGAGCAGGGCUUGGGAGCCAACUGCAGCGCUGACUGCUCUGUUAGAAAGGGAGUGGGGUCUCCAGCCAUGACCUGCUACCUUAGAAACUAGGAAAGAAAAAGAGCAAAGCAGCCGAGUGAGGUGGUACAUGCUGGUAAUCCCAGCACUUGGGAGGCUGAGGCAAGAGGAUUGCCAUGAGUUCGAGGCCAGCAUGAACCACAUAGUGAGGCCCGGUCUCAAAAACAACCCCCCCCACAAAAAAAACCCCACCACCAUCACCACCAACAAAAAACAAAAUAAGAACAACAAAAACAAAGAAAAGGGCCAGGGAUUUAGCUCAGUGGUUCCACCGCCUGCUGCGCAAGUGCAAGGUCCUGAGUUUGAUCCCCGGUACCAGAAAAGAAAAAAAAAUCAACAUUAUUCAUCAUAUUAAGUGACUAAUGGCAAACCAGAUGGUCAUCUCAAUAAACAGAGAAAGCACACUUGAAGAAGUCCACACUCAUUCCUGAUAAACACGCUAAGCAAACUGAAACAGCAGGAAACUUCCUUCUUCAGAUAAGGUGCAUUAAAUAACUCUGCAGCUGGUACAUACCUGAAGACCUUCCAACCUCCUGAAACCAGGAGCAUGAGCAGGUGCCUACUUUCACCACUUCUAGUCAUUGCAGCGUGGACAUCAGCCAGCACACUCAGGGAGCAGGGCACAGGCUUGUGAUCCAGAACUCCGGGAGGCUGAGGCAGGAGGGUCGUAAGUUCAAGACCAGCCUAGGCAGCGUAGCAACUUUGCGAGACGCUGUCUCGAAAGACAGGAAGCUGGGAGGAGGGGUGUGCUGGGAAUGCAGCUCAAGUGAACAAAGUCAUCUGGACUGAAAAGGAAUGAAACUGUCUAUGUUCACAGAUAGUGUGGUUAUCUAUGUAGAAAACGGGAAUCUACAAACAGCUGCCAUCUUGGAGGGGUGAGUCUAUGGAGGCUGUAGGCGCUGUGAGACCAACAUGCAGAAAUCAGUUAUUCAAAAAUAGGCAAAGGCCGUGCAGGGACAUUUCUCCAGGCAAGGUAUGUGAGUGGCCAAGCACAUGCAGAGAUACUGAACAUCACUCAUCACUGGAAAAACGCAGAUCGAAGCCACAGCCAGACCCUGCACAUGCAGGGAGCCCACUCCAAACACUGGAAAUAACCAGCGUGCGUGAGGGGAGCCGAACUUUUUUUUUUUUAACAAGAUUUAAUGUACAUUUAUUCUUAACAUGUGGAACAUAUAAAGAUUUUAUGCCGAAUAAAUGAUAUUCCUUAAGCCAGAGGAAAAGGAGGACUUCACAUCAAAGUUUUUUCUUUUUUCUCUGUGCCAUCGGAGAUCGAACUCGGGACCUUGGGCUUGUGAGGCAGGCAGCGGCACCACUGAGCUAAAUCCCUGGGCCCUUUUUUCUCUUUUUUAAAACUACAUUAUCUUGAAAUACAAAUGUGGAUUCUCAUCACUGAAAAAUCUUUGAAGUUGUGUUUCUUCCUUUUAGCUGUAUUUUUUUGUUUUUGUCUGUACUAGUAACCAUUUUCUAAAUCAAUCCAUAUGC